CUAUAUUGAGUAAAUCAUCCUCGCAAAUAGUAGGCACAGCAUCGUCUCAAGCAAGGAAUAAUACAUAUAACCCUGGUGGAGUUAUCACGUUGUGUUAUAUAUAUUGUUUCUGUGGUUGAAACAUUUAGCAUUUUGUGGGUGUUUUUAUAAACUGUUAGUGGUUGAUUUAGUGGGCCAUUACACGUCUCUAGCUGUUUUGAAACUUAGUGAAAAAAAAUACUCGAGAAAUUACAACCUCGACUCUUUCUGUCUUUUUGGAUACAUUGCAUUAAUACAUAGUCCAUUCUAGUGCCUGGCCCGUGUUUCCAAACGUCUGCUGCCAUAGCUACUAGCAUCACCAAAAAAACAAGGGAUUUUCCCGCUGUCAUUUUGCAUUUUUCCUUCCUUCUGCUUUUACUAGCCAGAUGAAAACAGCAUUCUUCUUGUGCUACUUGGCGUCCUAUGCUUUGGGGCUCCACCCCGUCAAGGACUUUCGGGUCAGCGACUUGAAGGUUUCAUCAUCCAAACAACGUGUGGUUUCGGCCAACUCCAACGCUGUUUCCUAUAAAAAAGCCGACGAUACCGAAAACGAACUCAGCGUCGUGGGGUCUGCCACCGCUACCGUCGUUACCACCAGCUCCUUGCCAAGCUCGGCACCCACGAUCGCCUUAAACGCCGACGUCCAGAUGGUUUUUUCCGAUACCACCAAAUCCAUCUACUAUUUGACGAGUCAGGUGAUCGACAACAACACGAAUUAUAAUGAGACAUUCCAAUUAUUGUUGGACACCGGCAGCUCUGUGUCCUGGGUGUAUAACGAAUCGUGCACGUCGGAUGCAUGCACGCAGCAGACGGUGAACAAGUUUGAUGACUUUAGCCAAAAUUUGCACAUUCUUUCCGAUUUUCUGUUGACGUACAGCGGACAAAGCGUCUCGGGAGACUUGAUCAAUGGGAAGGAUAACGACAUCAAAUUGGUAUUCAGCAACUUCGAACUCUCCAACUUUACGUUCGGUAUUGCCAGCACCGUCCCUGAUUUGUUUGACGGGUUUAACGUCAGUGGUAUUUUGGGGAUUCCCUCGUCCACCGCCAAAGGCGACGACAAAAACUUGAUUUACCAAUUGAACCAGGGUCAGUUAAUCGACCUGCAAAUGUUUGGCUUGUCAUUGGUGUCGUCGAACCAGACGGUUGAGUACACCGAUGACGACGGUAAUGUGUUGUCGUUACCAUCCAACUAUGGAGGGUUGAUUGUGUUUGGAUCCAAGGCCAUCGAUGACCAGUCCAACUUCAUCGAGUCCGGCUCCAACAUCUCCUUCACCCCCAUCGUUGAGAACGACAACGACUAUUGGUUGAUCGACUUGAAAAACAUCCAGGUCGACAACGGUACAGUUGUUAAAGCAUUGAAUUCGUCUGACUCUUCACGUAAAACCAUCAUCGAUACUGGGACCACUGGAUUUGUGUUGCCGUUGACGGAUGCCAAUACUCUCCAUGAGAAGUUGUUUGGAAGCGACUUAGUCACCGAUAACAAUGGUAAUUAUGCUUUUCCUUGCGAUGCUGAAGAUCAGAAGUUCACCUUCACCAUCAACGACCACGACUUUGAAAUCAGCGUCAGUGACUUCAAAGGUGAGCAGUACACCACCCAGGGAUUGACCGGAAACUGUGCGUCGAUGAUUCAGGGAUUGAAUUCCCAGCACUGGGUGUUUGGAGCCGCUUUCUUGUCGAAGUUCUACACGGUGUUUGACUUGGAUGCCAACCGAAUCGGCUUUGGGGAUGCUAGAAUCACCAGCUAUUCAUUGCAGCAGAGCAAUUCCGCCGGCACAUCGGCUGUAUACACGGGUGCUAUUACGAACUCGUCGGUGAGCUCCACCAGCACUAGAUCUGGAUCGAGCAUCGUCUCCACCUCAUCCUCAUCCAUAUCCUCACAUUCACAUUCUAACAACUCCACAUCAUCGACUGAUGAUGAUAAUGAAUCUCAUAACAGCGGGGCUGUUGUGGCCUACUCUGGACUCACUCUUCUCAUGUCAUUAAUUCUGCACAUUGUUUUAUAGAUAAUCGUAAUACCCCAUGGAAUUGUAUUUGCAAAUUUAAUAAAUAUAUACAAAAGUUUGUUCAUGUUAUUACCGUCAACCAGCUUAACACCGCAUACAUCAAUGCUACUGGGUAUACCGCAAGUAACACUCGGCCGGGUAAAACCCCCGAGCAUUUCAAACUCAACACUCCAGAGUAAAUACUCCAACAACAUAAUACAAGCAUCAAUGCCAAUCUCACAAGUUUCCAGGAGAUUAAUAGAGAGCACAACACUUCACCAAUGGUGAUGGGGAACAUGGAAUAUCCCACAGCACUUAUGGCAGACAUAAACGAGAUGUUCCCUCCAAGUAAUUGAAUAUUUAAACCUAUUAUCACAUAGAAGAUCCACAUGAAGCUGAACGACCCCGAAAACACCGAGUUUGUUUGCUUGGUGCUGCUGGACAUUCCCAACACCACCGAAUAGACUAACGAAAAGAUCAAGGGGCCCCAGAGAUCCCAGUCCAAGUUGUUUAAUUCUAUAUUUUCAAAGGUGUUGAUAUUCUCCAAGUCUUCUUCGUUACCAACAGAAAUCCGUCUUUCUCUGAUGAUCAGCUCCGGGAUGUUGACACCAUUCCUCUGAGCAAAAUCCACGAGUUUACUUUGUUGUCUCUUCGCCAACUUGGCUAAUUGAAUUGGCCAGAUCACAAUAGUCAACCGCUUCCAAAUCUUCAACAAAUCUCUGGAUAAUGUCGUCAAGACCGGCUCAUCGAGUGUGUCACCUCCGGUAUAUUGGUGCUCUCUGACAGUGUUGUUGAAUGCAUUGGAGGUGGUGAAUGGAGUGAAAGUAGAAGACAAAUCUACCUUCAUAUUCCAAGGAAUUGACGAGAACAUUGUAUCGGAUGCAUUUUGGGAGGGUCCAGACGCAGUCGCCUGGGGAGUUGAUUUGGGGGAUGCUUGUGGUUUACUUGUGACAGGAACUUCUUCAUCGGGGAUGAUGAAGUCGUCGAUAUCGUUUUCCGAGUAACUUGGUUGGUUCCAGGAGCCAGACAUUUGAAGUUCAAAAUGUUUAUUUGUCGCGAACUGGUUUAGAUAAGUAGAAAAGGUGGUUAACAAACCGGGGAAAUUCCAGAAAUGGGAAAGCUCUGUUGGGCAGGGAGAGUAGAAAGUGUGAAGAGUGAGGCAUGUA